GCCGCCCCGGAGCCGCCGCCGCCAGCCACCGACGCCCGCCCCGCGCCGCCGCGCCGCCGCGAUGGAUCUAUUCGACUUUUUCCGGGACUGGGACUUGGAGCAGCAGUGUCACUACGAACAAGAUCGCACUGCUCUUAAAAAAAGGGAGUGGGAGAGGAGGAAUCAAGAAGUCCAACAAGAAGACGAUCUCUUUUCUUCAGGCUUUGAUCUUUUUGGGGAACCCUACAAGACAAACAAAGGUGAUGCACUUGCCAACCGAGUCCAGAACACGCUGGGAAACUAUGAUGAAAUGAAGGACUUGCUAACUAACCAUUCUAAUCAGAAUCACCUAGUGGGAAUCCCAAAGAAUUCUGUGCCCCAGACUCCUGUCAACAAAAAUGAAUCAAGUUUUUUCCCAGAACAAAAGAAUCGAAUGAUCCCACCUCAACAAGAUAACACUCACUACUCCUCGGCACCAAUGCCACCACCUUCCGUUGUGAUACUGAAUUCAACCCUGAUACACAGCAACAGGAAAACCAAACCUGAGUGGCCAAGAGACAGUCACAAUGCUAGUGUUGUACCGGCCAACCAGGCUGGGAGCCAGCCAAACAAGGUGCAGAACUCUGCCCAGGACCAACUCCCGGCCAGACUGGAAGACUUCUUUGUCUACCCAGCUGAACAGCCGCCAGUGGGGACCGUUCAAGAACCAAACCCAUCUGCUAAGGAAGACAAUACUCUCCAGUCCAGUGGAGGGGAUACUUUCAAAGAAAUCUUUCAAUCCAACUCACCAGAAGAAUCUGAAUUUACAGUGCAAGCACCUGGGUCUCCCCUAGUCGCCUCGUCGUUAUUAGCUCCCAGCAGUUUGCCUCAAAACUUCCCAACAGGGCUCUACUGCAAAACAAACAUGGGACAGCAAAAACCAACUGCAUAUGUCAGACCCAUGGAUGGUCAAGACCAGGCCCCGGACAUUUCUCCAACACUGAAGCCUUCCAUUGAAUUUGAGAACAGUUUUGGGAAUCUGACAUUUGGAUCACUCUUGGAUGGAAAACCCAGUGCAGCAAAGACUAAACUACCAAAGUUUACGAUUCUCCAAACAAGUGAAGUGAGCCUUCCCAGUGAUCCAAGCUGUGUGGAAGAAAUCUUACGGGAGAUGACCCCUUCCUGGUCUACUCCUCUCACUGCCAUGCACGGUCCUGGACAUUCUGAGCAGAAUCCAUUUUCCACCCCAGCACAGGAAUCACAGCAUCUGACCCCAGGAUUUGCCUUACAAAAGUGGAGUGACCCAACCAGCAGAGCUUCUACAAAGAUGCUCGAAGACGACUUGAAGCUGAGCAGUGACGAAGAUGACCUUGAACCUGUGAAGACCUUGACAACCCAGUGCACUGCCACUGAGCUCUACCAGGCUGUUGAAAAGGCAAAACCUAAGAGUAAUGCUCUAAACACACUCUUGGCCUCACCACCUCCCCCACCUGCAGUGCAAGGCACGGGAGGAGCAGGCAGUUCCAGCGAGUCGGAAAGCAGCUCAGAGUCCGACUCUGAUACUGAGAGCAGCACCACAGACAGCGAAGCCAAUGAGGCGCCACCUCGCGUGGCCACUCCAGAGCCUGAACCACCCUCAACCAACAAAUGGCAAUUGGAUAAAUGGCUUAACAAAGUGACAUCUCAGAAUAAAUCAUUUAUUUGUGGUCAAAAUGAAACACCCAUGGAAACAAUGCCGAUUCCUCCACCAACCGUCAAACCAAUCGAGGUUCCGAUCAAAAUGAAGACAAACCCCAGCCAGGUCCUUCCUGAGCCAAAAGAAAAGCCUCUGCUUGGUCUCAUUAAGGAGAAAAGUCGCCCACGGCCCACUCAGAAGGCUCCGGAAGUCAAGGCUGUGAAGCACAAGUUAUCCGUAACCCUUGACACCAUGUCUCAGAGGACGACUGGGAAAAAACAACCCAAGAAGAUUGAUAACACCAGCGUUGAUGAUUUCACUUGGCCCAAACCAAAUAAUAUCAGCAGCACUCCCAAAGAAAAAGAAAGCAUGGAGCUUCCCGAACCCCCGAGAGGCCGGAACAAGGGCACCACCCACAAGCCGAUGCCAAGGAAAGAACCCAGACCGAGCAUCACCUUGGCGGCUGAGAAGAAGAAGUACAGGGGAGCCAGCAAGAUGGUGCCAAAGUCCCGGGAAUUCAUUGAGACAGAUUCGUCUACUUCUGAUUCCAACACUGACCAGGAAGAGACCCUGCAGAUCAAAGUCCUGCCUCCUUGCGUUGCCCCUGCGGGGAACGCGGCCAAAUCCAAGGAUGCUAGUCUGACCCUCAGCACAUUCCUCAAUAACAGCGCUGGCAACCGUGGGCCCAUAAGUCAGGAGGAGCCGCUGCCCACUCUGCGUGAUCCUGAGAAUCUGAAAAAUCUCUGGGUGAAGAUCGACCUUGACUUGCUCUCUCGAGUUCCUGGCUCUAACUCAGUGCAAACAGCUCCAGCCAAGCCGGACCAUAAGGAAACUGCCUCCAAACCCAGACGUCCAACUGCCACCGCUACUGCCACCUCUGCUGAAAAACCUGCCCCAAAGGGCAAACGCAAGCACAAGCCAACAGAGAUUGCAGAGAAAAUACCAGAGAAGAAGCAGCGCGUGGAGGACAACACUAUUUGCCUGCUCCCGCCUUGCAUCUCACCAGCUCCACCACACAAGCCUCCCAACACUAAAGAAAAUGGUUCGUCCAGGAGAGCAAACAGAAGAAAAGAAGAAAAGCUGUUUCCUCCUCCACUUUCCCCUCUGCCAGAGGAUCCCCCGCGUCGCAGAAAUGUCAGUGGCAACCAUGGCCCCUUCGGUCAAGACAAAAACAUCCCUGUAAUUGGACAGAUCACCUCUACCAAGCCCAAGAGGAGUGAAGGCAGAUUUUGUGCAACCUUCAAAGGGAUAUCCAUAAAUAAUGGAGACACUACCAGAAAGCCAGCCUCUGCUACCAUCACCAUCACCAACACUUCUCUUACCAGUGCCAUGGUCAAUUCUGCUGCUCUCGUCUCAGCCACUGUCACAGCAACUGCCACAGCCACAGCAACAGCCACCACCACAACUACUACCACUACCAUUUCCACUAUAACGUCCACCAUCUCUACUGGCCUCAUGGACAGCAGUCACCUGGAGAUGACAUCCUGGGCGGCCCUGCCUCUUUUGUCAAGCAGCACCACUAAUGUCCGAAGACCCAAGCUUACUUUUGAUGACUCGGUACACAAUGCUGAUUUUUACAUGCAAGAAGCUAAGAAGCUAAAACACAAAGCUGAUGCACUGUUCGAGAAAUUUGGCAAAGCUGUGAAUUAUGCGGAUGCAGCCCUGUCCUUCACUGAAUGUGGCAAUGCGAUGGAGCGUGACCCCCUGGAAGCCAAGUCUCCAUAUACCAUGUACUCCGAGACCGUGGAGCUCCUAAGGUAUGCCAUGAGGCUGAAGAACUUUGCGAGCCCCUUGGCUUCAGAUGGAGACAAAAAGCUGGCAGUGUUAUGCUACCGAUGCUUGUCGCUUCUCUACUUGCGGAUGUUUAAACUGAAGAAGGACCAUGCUAUGAAGUACUCCCGAUCCCUGAUGGAAUAUUUUAAGCAAAAUGCUUCAAAAGUCGCUCAGAUGCCAUCUCCUUGGGUCGGCAGCAAUGGGAAGAACACCCCAUCACCGGUGUCCCUCAACAAUGUGUCUCCUAUCAACGCAAUGGGCAACUGUAACAAUGGCCCAAUCACCAUUCCUCAACGCAUUCACCACAUGGCCGCCAGCCAUGUCAACAUCACUAGCAACGUGCUACGGGGUUAUGAGCACUGGGACAUGGCAGACAAACUGACAAGAGAGAACAAAGAAUUCUUUGGAGAUCUGGAUACACUGAUGGGGCCUCUGACCCAGCACAGCAGCAUGACCAAUCUUGUCCGCUACGUUCGCCAGGGACUGUGUUGGCUGCGUAUCGAUGCUCACUUAUUGUAGUGGGUGCACCACCAUUUCUGGUAUUAACACUCAUCAUUCUACCUCUACCAGAGCACCAAUGGUCACUGGUGGAAAUUCACUCAUUUUGGACAGUUCUUUGAUUCUGUUUGUUUCAGUAUAUUUGUGAUAUCUGCAAAACACAGAGGUAUCAGAUGUCAGUGUAAGUGGACACUACAACUUGAGAGCAGUGUAUGUUUAUGACUGUCAUUUUCCAACAUAUUGUAUACAGCAUUUGUCACAUCCCACCAUCGUUUUGUAGAACCAUGCAUUCAUUCCCAACAGUAUUGUUUGAAGUCCACACUACCCAAAAUAAUGGAAAUAACUUAUGAUGAUAACAGGUUCCUGAACAAUGAAGUCACAUAUACAUGUACAUAUAUGUGUAUAUAUGGACUUAGAAACAGAGAAUCUGCAAGAUUCCUAAUUUCAGCAUUAAUCAUUCCCCAAACCAUAAUCAUAUAUUCAGAAAAGAACAUAUUUCAUAGUCCGUUGUUAAACUUUUUGUUCCCACACACUUAAUCUUCAGGUGAGAAUUUUCAUUAUCAAAACCCAGUGGGUAAAGAAGUUUAUUAUAUUGCUACAGCAACAUCAUAAAAUCAAGAAUAUUAAGGAAAUAAAUGAGCGUAGCAAUGCCACUCUUCAAUAUUAUGCCACACAACCAGAGAGGCUUUUGGUUUGAUUUGGUUAAUAUACCUUUUUUGAUUCCCUAUUUAAAAAAAAAUAAUGGGGCCGAGAAGAUAGUACAGAGGGUAGGGUGCCUGUUUUGGUUGUAACCAACCCAGGUUUGAACUUCAACAUCCCAUAUGGUCCCCUGAGUUCCACCCUGAGUACAGAGCUAGGAGUAAGCCCUAAGCACAGCUGGGUGUGGCCCCAAAAUUCAAGCAAAACCUUUUUAAUGAGAGAAGUGGGAACAUUUAUUUUGACAACUUUCAGGCAUCAGCUGCCUUAGUAUUUUUAAAAAUCAUUAUUUGAAGCAUAAAUCCUCACCUGGGAUUCUCUUUGUAUAAAGCUCUCCUUUUGAGAGGCAGUUCAGUGGGUGCAUUUCCCAGUGAUCAAAAUGCUACACUCCAGUUUUAGAAAUGAGACCUAGGAGAGGUCUAGACAGUGUCCAAGGAUUUUAUACCUCGGCCUCAUUUACAGUUCAUAGGUGGGAACAUAAAUGGCAGGAUUUUUAAAAAUCAUAGUAUAAGCAAAUCUUUGAAGUAAAAGUCAAAUUAUUACUACCUAGAAAUAAUAAUGUACAGCUUACUUCCUAGUGGCUUUAAAGUCUGGACUUCCUUGAUUAUUAUUCACAGUUUCUAUUUUACGGGGUUUCUUUUCUAUCUUUGAACUUUCUUUUCUUUUGUAUUUUUGGAUCAUUAGCUUUUGACAAAUAGAAUCACUGAUUUUAUUCAUGUCUACAAUAACAUGAAACAUUUCUAUGAAAAUUCCAAAGAAAACUCCAAACUCUCUAAGUAGUAGCUAGUCUUUCAACAACAGCAACAAAAACAAACAGACAGACAAAAGAACCAACCCUGAGUCUUGGGGGUUUCUCUGGGGUGCUUGGAAAGAACCCUGCCCCCGAAGAUUGGGAACAGUUCACUUAAUUUAGAGAUAUUUCCACAUGGGUUGCAAUGAUCACCACUUCUUACGAUCCUUGACAUUCAUAUUAUCCCUGAACAUCACAAUGUAAAUAUUAUCUUUGGUGUUACAGCUCACCAGAAAAAUCCCCCACAUGUAGUAAACACUAUCCAUACAUUAAUUCCUUGUAACUACCUGCUGGUAUAUAAUUCUACAUAGCAUUUAAAUCUGCUGAGUUAUUGAAUUCUGUUCACUAUUCACCAGAUGAAUAGUAGACACAUGCACAUGAAAGAUGCGAAUUUGCCUGAUUUUUUGAGCAAUUCUUGUAAAUCUGUGAUAGGAACAGCAAGGGAUUCCUCUACACUCUCAUUGUCAAGGUUCGAUAUAUCUCCCGUUGCAAGAGACGGACUUGAGCUCCACUGGUCAUCUUUGAGUUUAAGGCCCUUUGUUGUAUAAUAAGGUUUUGGAAGUUACACUCCAAUGACUGAGGCCACAUUGAUGAGAUGGCUGCUAGGAGUAUCCCAGCAGCUGAACCCAGCACUUUUGAUGCUCCCAGUGUGGUUGAGCUUUAUGUUCAGAAUCUCAGCAACAACACACAUGAAGACAAACACAGAGACAAAUGAAACCUCAGAGAAUCUUUUCUGAGCCUCUCAAGGGAGGCAAAUGAUCCUAUGAAUGACUCCAAACACCCCAGCUGGGUGUCACAUAAAAAUUAAGCUGAAGGCUUUGCCGUGACUCAAGUUCUCUUUUUUAUUACCAUGGCUUACCAUGUAACGGGCCUGGCUAUUCACCAUAUAAUAAAACCAACUGACUUGACUUAUAAAUUCAACUUAGACCACAAUCCUAGACCACCACGGAUUUAGGUAUGGAUUCUUGAAAUCCAGUCUCCAGAAACUAGACAUUAGAAUGCUGGGGGCAGAUUCCCAGAGGGGAGAAAGCGUAUUUCCCCAUGGGUGCAAGAUUUCUAUCUCUAGUUUCACUGAGUCACUGUAUCUACUUUACAUAUUUCAGAGGGGCAGCAGGCAGUCCUGCUGUCAGACAUCAGCUUCGGUGGCUGAGUAUGAAGUGUGUGCCAAAGCAGCAACACGAUGAUCAACUCUGACAGUUGAGCUCAGGAUCACCACCUGAUAAUUUAGGAGACCCAUUUCAAAACAGCUGAAAAACCAAUUAAAGAUGGAGGAUGAUUUGCCCUCCAGAUCCUGGAGAUGAGGCAUCUUGCAGUUUCAGAAGAAAGGAUUGUUGCUCUAUACUUGGCAUUCUAUUUGUCAUGCUGUAAAUGGUGAUCUGUGUUGUAGGUGUGCAGCUAUUUGAAGGAUUGAGAUAUUUUGUCAAGUAAAUCUCUUCAGUGUACUGGUUUGUGGGAGGGAUGUGAGACCUGUGGACGGCAGGGAGAGGUCCUUCCUGGAGACCUUGAGGAGGCUUGGUGAGACACUUCUCAAUGGCACAUGGAGGUAUGGGCAGAGCCAUGGCAAUGUACACCUGAGCAAGUACACAGAAGGAUCUCAGCCCUGCAACAGGAGCCGGGUAGGGCCACCACUAUGCCUUCAUUUGUCACCCAAGCUCCAAACACAGAGAGUUUGACAAGUUUGUGUUAUGAUGUGGGCUUGGCUUUGUAUUUUUAAUUAACUUUGGAUUUUUUAGUGGUUUUGUCAUAUUACUGUCUGAGUUUGGUAGGUAGGGUUAAUUUGACAGAGUAUACUAGUGUGGUCCUUGGGGUAGAAUUUAGCCGUAAGCAUGUUGUUAGCCAGCCUGUAGACUGUUAAUUACUUAAUAAUCUCAUUGGGAAAAUACUAGUAGUUUUAUAUUUGGAUGACGUAAUUGAAAAAGCAGACUAGCUGCUUCUAACUUUCAGAAGACAUGAGGUUGGGAUGCCUUUUUUUUUCCCAUGUGAUGGUUUAAAAAAGUUUCAGAACUGUAGUCAAUCACUGAGUUACUAAAUUAGAAACCAUUGGCUAAAAGGUUUUGCGCAGUUUCCAAAUGGAUCGAUUGUCAUUUGGACAUUACAUUGCUGAAGGCAUGGGGUUAGGUCUGCCUUGGAAAGAUACUCGUUCUAUCGUAUCUUUCUCGAAGCUAACUAAUUCUGAUUUGGAUUUAUUCAAAUUUGCAUCCUGGAGAUGGGAGUUGCAGUGUGAAGUUGGAAAGCAUUUUUGAAGGCAGUAUUGAUUUAGCUGUGAGGGUGAAGCCCUCAUUACUUAUCAAUAGACAUGAUAAAGUUCACCUGCAAGAGUUGGCAGGUGGGAUAACCAAACUGGAUCACUGGGUAGGACUACUCAGUAAGGCAGUGAACUGCUUGCUUAGAGAAGUAUCACUCUUCCCAUUGAGAAAAUGUGUGGCAACACAGUGUAGCUACACAGAAUCAAGUGAAUGGGUCAAUCUAGUGCCCCCAAGUCAAUUCUGUGGGGUUAAAGUAUUGAGCCAGUUGUCACCACUCUGUUACACGACUGGCAGACUAAAUUCUUUGUCCUCCUCGUUACCGUUGUUGUUGUUGUUGUUGUUGUUGUUAUUGUUGUUAUUGUUGUUUCUCAUCUUCACUUGCACAGCCUUAUUCUCAUAAUUAAACUCUGAUUCAUUUUCUCUUUGGUGUUAGCAAACUCCAACUACUGAUGUGACAUCUGUGUAUUGAUAAUCAGCAUUUACCCUGGCAGGAGGCAAGUCGGAUAGGCUGUUCUCUGAUGUUGACGAUACCAUCGGAUAUCUUCGGGGAAAGAAAAUGUAUUAAUUCCCUUUCCUUUCUCCUCGCAAAGCUAGAAGCCCUCUACCAGGCGCAUCACAUUUUCCUCUGUAAUCCAUAGACUACAAGAAAAUUGCAUU